UCAACCAGUCGACGUGCAUCCUCUUCUAGCAACCAACAAAAGACUCAUAUUUGUCCCGUCAACCAAUGUCAACGCAGUUUCAAGCGAUUAGAACAUCUUAAACGUCAUAUGCGCAUUCAUACCCUCGAAAGACCAUUUGCAUGUACAUUUCCCAACUGUCAUAAAACAUUUUCUCGAUCGGACAAUUUAUCACAACAUACGAAAACUCAUCAAAAG